AUGAAUGGACCCGUUAAAUACGUGAAUAUCAUGCCAAGCAGUUCAACAUUGCCAGUCUCUUAUAAUCAACAUGCAGAAUGCUCGGGACCAUUAUUGCCGGAUGAUUACAAUCCUAAUCCUCAAAAGCCGGCAAAACCUGCACCUUCAACGACUCCCGCAAUUUUUUCGGAUGGUCGAUCACCUGUGAACAUGUCAAAAUCACAUGCAAAACUGCAUCCUCCGCAUGAACCGACUGGAACUACCGAAGUUCUCACAUUUUACCCGACGAUGGAAGAAUUUAAAGACUUCAAUGGUUACAUUAAAAAGAUCGAAGAAGCGGGAGCUCAUUUGAAAUGCGGAAUUGCCAAGAUAGUUCCUCCAGAAGGAUGGCAUCCAAGACCAUCUCGAAAGAACAAUUAUUCGGAUCUUGACGAUUUUGAGAUUAAUUACCCAGUAAAAGAAACAAUCGAAGGUAAAUCCGGCUCUUACUUUAAAACGAAUCGCGUUUUUCGGAAGAAGAUGACUGUCAGAGAAUAUCGAAAAAUGGCCAACUCGGCGCAAUACAGAAACCCGAAACCUGAGCUUGAAGGAAUUGACAUUGAAACAGAGUAUUUCAAAAAUAUUAUAAAUAGAGAGCCGAUUUAUGGAGCAGAUACUGAGGGGACAAUUUAUGACGAUGACGUUGAUGAGUUUAAUAUGAACCGUUUGAACACUAUACUUGAUGAAACUAAGUCAACCACGAAAAUCAGUGGUGUAAAUACAGUGUAUUUGUAUUUUGGAAUGUACAAAACCACAUUUCCGUGGCAUUCAGAGGAUAUGGAUUUGUAUUCGAUAAAUUAUUUGCAUUUUGGAGCACCAAAGUACUGGUUUGCAAUCGGUUCCGAGUCUGCUGCUCGAUUUGAACGAAUUAUGACACAAAUGUUUACUCCAUCAUGCAAAGCAUUUUUGAGGCAUAAAUCGUAUAUUGUUACACCGUCGCUUUUGAGAACCUACAAUAUUCCAUAUGGAACAAUGAUACAAAGGCCUAAUGAGUUUAUUAUCACAUUUCCCAAAGGUUACCAUAUGGGAUUCAAUACCGGCUACAAUUUAGCCGAAUCGACCAAUUUUGCGACUGAUCGCUGGAUUGAUUACGGUAAAAAUGCGAAUGUUUGCAAAUGUGUCAAAGAUACUGUAGAAAUUGAUAUGAGGCCAUAUAUGCAGAAAUAUCGACCGGAUGAGUAUGAUCAAUGGUAUGCGUAUUGGUAUGGAGACAGAGUGACCAAAGUUGAGACGAAACCGAAAGGCAAAGGUGUCAAACGCAAAUUUGGUUUGGCUAGCAUCGACGAGGCGGUAAAACGCGCUAAAAGCGAAGAGUCUUCAUCGGAGGAGGCGUCAAAUUCCGGAGGCCUCGUCUCCUGUUGGUCGCCGGCAGCGGUUUCGAACACGCCGAUUUUCACCGGUCCAUUGAAUCACAAUUAUGAUAUUUCCGGCGCCUGUGAUCUUUUCACCGAUAACGAUGAGCUUAGGAAACGAUUUAAAAGAAAUACCAAAGAUUUAUUAUCCGAUAGUGUCAAUUUGUUUACCGAACGUCAAAUUAAUGAAAUUUCUUCAAAAUAUUGGCCGCAUUGUAGUAUUUGUUCAUAUCUUCAACCUCUUCAUAUGCGGCCCAAAUGUGCUGAUGUACCUCUAAUGUCUCGACGCCUCCUCAAUCCUUCGCAUUUCUCUAAAACCCCACCAAAAACUGAAUAUAAAGAUGAGCAUGAUUUGCUAUUGACUUGCUCAAAUUGUAGUGUGACUGUUCAUUCGAUGUGCUAUUCUGGAGAAUCUGGAGGAGCUUCCUGGCUUUGCCUUCGAUGCCGCGUUCAAUGCGAUGUUCAAAUCCGCGCAAUCUCGUGCCGCUUAUGCCAACUUCGAGGCGGUGCUUUGGUGCCGUGUCGAGUCGGCGAUGAUCAGGCAUAUGUGCAUACUAUUUGUGCGCUUUUCCAUAGGCGAUCUCAAUUCAAUCGUGCCAUUGGUCCAAAUUCAGUGUACAUUCAACCACCGCGAAAACAUUUUAGCCGUCAAAAAUUGUCAUUCCUUCCCGACGAAUAUCUCGACGAGUUUUGCGAUGUCUAUGAAAACUCGAAAUGGGAAUGCCAAGUGUGCGAAAAACUCCAAGAAGGACUCGUGCCCUGUGUUUUAUGCAUUGAUGAUGGAAGUAACACGGUGCUUCCAUAUACGGCUCACGUUACAUGUGCCCGCGCCAUUGGAUUACCGUUGGAAACUCGUGCAUUUCCAAGAAAUCUCGUAAUGGUCUGCGACAAACACAUUGAUGAUCAUCUUAUUGAUAAACCAGCUAGCGGUCAAUGCUCGAAUAUAAAAAUUGGCGAUGUGAUUUGGGCGUCAGCGGAUGACGAAAAAUAUGAGAGAGGAGUUAUUGACGGCAUUUUCCAGAAACAUGUGGCAGUGGUUGAUUUCACCGAUGGUACCGUAACGAAAGAUUUACCGCCUUCUGAUAUUUUCUCGUGUGAAUGCAUCAUUUGUGAUCGAAAUACUCAUCAACUAGGAUCAAGGGUUAAAGUUAAGUGGGACGAUGGUAUUUUGUAUGACGGCUAUUAUCGCGGGAACACAGUUGCUCCAGAAUAUAAAGUGAUGCUGAGUCGACUUGCGCCGUGCAGUAAACGCUCUAUAGCGAAGUCGGUCCGUGCGUGCAAAUAUGAGCCGGACAUGUCGGAUCCGAAGAUGGUCGAGCUUCACAAAUUGUACCGUCCCGAGCGUGUGACACCAUCGAAACGCGGCGUUGACCUUCUGAAGACUCCGGGCCUCAACAAGGGAAUGGCUUUUUCUCUGCAGGAACGCCAAUACCUCGGCAUUCAUGGAUUGCUUCCGCCGGCUUUCAUGACCGAAGAGCAACAAGCUUACCGUAUCAUGACGAAGCUCCGACAACAACCGGAUAAUCUUGCCAAGUAUAUUCAACUUGACAGUCUACAAGAUCGCAAUGAGAAACUCUAUUAUCGUGUCCUUUGCGACAACGUAAAAGAAUUGAUGCCGAUCGUUUACACGCCGACUGUUGGCCAAGCGUGUCAGCACUUUGGUUUCAUCUACAGAAAUCCCAAGGGAUUGUAUGUGACGAUCAACGACAACAGCAUCAGCAAGAUUUAUCAAAUUCUGGCGAACUGGCCCAACACUGACGUUCGCGCAAUUGUGAUAACUGAUGGCGAGAGAAUCUUGGGACUCGGUGACUUGGGAACCUAUGGAAUCGGAAUUCCUGUUGGAAAACUCUCGUUGUAUGUUGCGCUUGCUGGAAUUUUUCCGGAAUGGUGCUUGCCGGUUAUUUUGGAUGUCGGAACCGAUAAUACCGAGCUUCUCAAUGAUCCUUUCUACACUGGACUCCGUCGCAAGAGAGUGCGCGGUCCAGAGUACGACAGCCUCGUUGAUAACUUCAUGAAGGCGGCAACAAAACGAUUCGGACGCGACACAUUGAUCCAGUUCGAAGAUUUUGGAAACCAAAACGCAUACCGACUUUUGGAUCGUUACAAGAAUGAAUAUUGCAUGUUCAAUGAUGACAUCCAAGGAACUGCGGCUGUCGUCGUUGCUGGAUUGUUGGCCAGCACACGAAUCACCAAGAAGAAGCUCUCGCAGGAGAAGCUCGUCUUCUUGGGAGCCGGUGGAGCUGCGACUGGCGUUGCGGAGAUGUGCGUUAGACAGAUGAUCGAUGAAGGACUCAGCGAGCAAGAAGCGUGCGAUCGCAUUUACAUGGUUGAUAUUGAUGGUCUCAUCACGAAAUCUCGUAUCAAGAAUCUUGGCGAGCGACAUAUUCGUUUUGCCAAAGAUUUGCCAGACACCAAGAACUUGUUGGAAGUUGUGAAGACCGUUCGUCCAGGAGCCCUCAUUGGAGCCUCAACUGUUGCUGGAGCUUUUACUGAGGAGAUCCUCAAAGAGAUGGCUGCCAUCAACCCACGUCCGAUUGUUUUCGCUCUGUCGAAUCCAACCAGCAAGGCCGAAUGUACCGCCGAAGCUGCUUAUCGCUGCACCAACGGAAAAGUAUUGUUCGCGUCGGGAUCGCCAUUCGAAAACGUUGAAAUGGACGGAAAAUUGUUCAAGCCGGGACAAGGAAACAACGCGUACAUCUUUCCGGGAGUCGCACUUGGCGCUAUCCUUUUCCGCACCAAGACCAUUCCGGACAAGCUGUUCUUGCUCGCUGCCCGAAUUGUCGCUGACAAUGUCUCGGAGAAAUCGCUCAACACUUAUUCGCGUGUCUAUCCGCGUCUCAAAGAUAUUCGCGAGCUCUCUGUCAAAAUUGCCAUCGAAGUUGGAGAAUACUGCUAUCGCCAUAAUAUUGCCACUCUUCAUCCGAAACCGGAGAACAUGGAAAUGUUCAUUCGACAGAAUCUGUACAGUGUCGAGUACGAUGAUUUGAUCAACAAGACCUACGAAUGGCCGGCGAAGGAUUCGAAGCACGGAUUCCCGAUGAGGUCUAUUACGGUUCGGGUGCCGAUGAACAUCGCGUUGAUUAAAUAUUGGGGAAAACGGGAUGAGGAUUUGAUUCUGCCUCUGAAUGAUUCGAUUUCGUUGACUGUUAAUGAUUUGUACGCGGAGACAACGAUUGAAUUGGGAACAAGCACUAAACAUUCGGUCACCAUUAACAAUAUUCCAAUCAAUUUAGACAAUAAUAAAAGAUAUGCGAAAUUAUUUGCGGAAGCGCUUCGAUUGAAACGAUUACGAACCCCUGGAGAUUAUGGCGAAAGUCAUAUUGAUUCAUCAUUAGGUUAUUUUUUUAAGACAAGUUCUGUUACAAAUUUCCCCGUCGCCGCUGGAUUGGCAUCAUCGGCUGCGGGAUUCGCUGCUAUCGCUUAUGCUAUUCAAUGCUUAUUCGAAUUUGAUAAUAUUGAGGCAAACCGACUUGCUAGAAUUGGCUCGGGAAGUGCUUGCCGAAGUAUGUACCCGGGACUGGUUCACUGGAGAAGAGGAUACCUCGACGAUGGAUCCGACUGCUACGCCGAGCCCAUAUUUGACGAGAGCGGGCCAUGGGCCAACCUUUAUUGCAUUAUUGUGGUGGUUGAGCAGGGCCAGAAAAAAGUUGGAAGCACUGAAGGAAUGCGGUGGUCCGCGCAUACCUCAGAGCUUCUCCGAUAUCGAAUUGAUUACGUUGUUGAUCGAAGGGUUCAAGAUCUCACCUAUGCGUACUUGAUGCGAGAUUUUGAUACGUUUGCCAGAUUGAUAGUUGCCGACAGUAAUCAGUUCCAUGCGAUUUGCAUGGACACGUCGCCACCAAUCAAGUAUCUUAACGAGACGUCAUGGAAGAUUAUCGAUGCACUCGAAGAGUUUAAUAGGAGUCAGUUGCAAUGGCGCGCGGCGUACACUUUCGAUGCGGGACCGAAUGCUUGUAUUCUUGUGGAAAGAGAUAAUAUCAUUCCGGUAAUUCAAUGCAUCGCUCAAGCGGUGUACGUGCCAAUUGAAGACGUUGUGGCUGCUGCGACGAGGUUCCAAUCAGGAGAACCAAUUGAGAUCAUCGAAUCGGCGACAUUCCGUGCUUCUCGACUUAUUGUUAGUGCAAUGGGCGCGGGACCAAUUAUAGUAUAA